AUACUUCUAUCCUAUACUAAUCAUUUUGCGAUUGACUUGAAGCCGAAAAGUGGGGCGACGGACCAGCGUAUUCAUACGCAUGCGCUUCCUUUAUGGGUUUUGAUUGGUUGAAAGGAACCAAGAACGGUAAACAGUAAGAAAGCCAAGCUAACCUAAAAAUAUUCUCAUUAUGUUUUGUGUUGAUGUGUUGUGUUAGUCCUUUGGUGUAUUUUCUCUAAUAAUUGCGACUAUUAUCCUGUAUAUAUUUUAACCAAAAACUUUAUUAAACUUUGUUUGUUGUUAGUUAUUAGUAUUAGAGAUAUGGGUAGACUUUGUGCCUUAUGUCGUUCAAAGAAAAGCGAAGAAAUUUAGCUCCACGGAUUUCCUACAAAUAAGGAAAUGGAAGCCAAGUGGAAACUAGCUUGUGGAUUUGAAAAAUCUGAUUGUGUUAAAACCAUUGUCAUUUGCUCAAACCACUUUAAGGUGGAAGACUAUUAUACUAGAUUUAUUGGGUCAUAUGAUAAAAGGAAGUUAAAACCUAACGCUGUACCAUCCGUGAAUGUUCCGCAUAAGGAAAAUAUUUCUCCAAAUGUCCAACAGUUAUCAGCAGUGGAAAAGAAAAACGAGAGCGAUGAAUUUAGUGAAGUCCCUUCAAAAAAACUUAAGAUGGAUCGGAUGACAAAGAACGAAUCAAUGGAAAGGAUUGUAUCAUCUCAACCUAAGUUUACUGAAUUACCCUCAACUUCUGCCUUAGAAAGUGAUCCAUUGUCAGGUGAAGAUGUUAUUGUUUCUACCCCUAGAAAAAAUCAGAGAAUCGGAAGAUCAAGCCCAGAUGUAGCAACACCAAGACGUGCUAAGAGAGCUCUCUACCAGUCCCGAUAUGUUCAAGGUCAACUUCGGUAUAGGAUUAAAAAAUUGCAGCAAGAUAAAAGACGACUUGUAAAGAAGAUAUCGACAUUGAAGGAACUUGUAGAAAAAUUAAAAUCUAAUAAGUGAAAAUUGUGGCGAUAUAUUAAUGGUAAAGUUAUAAUGGUUAUAGUUGGUUAAUAUUAGAAGAUGGGUUGGAACCUUCGGUGUAGACACUAUCGGAGAUGAGUUCUCCACACACCGAAACGAGGUACUUUUACUGAACAUCAAAUUUAAUCAUCCUUGUAUGAUGUUACCUUGGUUAGAAAAACGUAUCGGGAAAAGUACCACCCUUGGUGUGUGGCGAACUCAUCCCUGGUAAUGCUAUACUUGUACAGGGUGUCUCAGAUUUUAGUCAAGAAAAUUUGACGAGCAAUAGAACUUACAAAAACUUAUAUGAACUUGUAUAUUUUAAAGCUUCGUUUUCAAGAUACAAAUUGUUAAAAUUAACAAAAAAAAAUCCUUCAAAUACCCCAAAAACCAUCUGGCUGAUUAUGGUAAAAUUCCAUUUUUUUUAGUGAUAAGUAGAUAUCUUUAUCUGAUGUGAUUAGACUUUACUCAUUUACCAAAAAUAUUUUUUGGUAAAUUUUACACCCUCUAUCUUGAAAGUAAAACUGAGAAACCUGUAAAUUCAUAUGAACUUUUCCUUUUAUUUUUACAAGUUCUAUUACCAGUUAUAUUUUCCCGAUUACAAUCUGAGAUACUAUACUUUUUUUAAUAUUCCAUAAAUAGGUGGGAAGCAAUAUUUAUGGUCCAUGAAUAUGAAACCAUAUUUUCAAUUCAUGUUCUUUCAUUAUAACAAAACAACAAAAAUAAAACAAUUAAGUCAAUUAUAAUUAGAUAUUGUAUUGUUGUUUCGUUGCAUCGGUUGGAAAAUUAGAAAGAAAAAUUGAAAAGUUAUUUUUGUAAAAAUUGGAAAAUGUACUUUUUCAGUGACUGAUGAACAAAACCAAAUUAUAUAAUUUUUAUAAAUGUUAAAUGUGUAUUUACAGGACAGAACUCCCCCAGUAAUAGUGGAAUUGAUAAACUCCAAAAUAAAAUCAAGAAAAUUGAAGUACUCGCAACAACUGAGAUGUUUUGCUUUAACUCUUCAAUUCUAUUCAUCCAGAGCAUAUAACUAUGUAAGACAAUGGGGAAACCUGCUACCUCAUCCGUCAACUUUGAGACGGUGGUACACCAUUGUCAAUGGAAGACCUGGUUUUACUCAGGAAGCAUUUCAAAUUUUAAAAGAAAAAUCAAAAAAUGAAUCAGUUAUUUGCAACAUCACAAUAGAUGAAAUGUCAGUACGAAGCCAAAUACUUUAUAAAGGCAGCAGAUUAUUUGGAUAUGUUGACUUGGGAAGUGGAGACAUUCCCACGGAUUCUUGCCCCCUUGCGAAAAGUGCCCUUGUUUUUAUGGCAGUUGAUCUUAGGGGGCACUGGAAAAUCCCACUGGGUUACUUUUUAAUUAAAUCACUUAAUGGAAUGGAAAGGGCAAAUUUAUUAAAAACUUGUUUCGUAUUGUUGCAUGAAACUGGCAAAUUUGCCAGUCAAUUUGCUUUGAUGGGGCUAGUGUGAAUCUGUCAAUGGCUAAAUGUUUAGGUGCCAAUUUUGAAUACGGAUUUGCUUUUAAACCCUAUUUUUCUCAUCCAGUUACAAAAGAAAAUGUUUAUGUAUUUUGGGAUGCUUGUCAUAUGAUAAAGCUUGUUCGCAACACAUUUGGAGACAAAAAAGUUCUCUACGAUGAAGAAAACUUACCCAUAAUGUGGGACUUCAUAGAAAAUAUUGUGAAAAUUCAAGAACAGGAGGGGCUUCAUUUAGGGUGUAAAAUUAAUAAACAGCAUAUUUGUUAUUAUGAUAAUAAAAUGCGUGUUAGACUUGCGGCACAAGUUUUAAGCGAAUCUGUGCAUAGUGCACUCAUAUAUUUACAACGAAAAAAUGCUACUUUUACAGAUACUUUUACAUACACCUAAUACAAAUGCUGAUAAUAAUUAAUACAUUAUAUUAUCAAAAUUCAAAUUUCAUUAGAAAACUCGAUGGGUGAUGAUCGAUCUAAGUAGGGAUCUUGUACUAUAACAUUUAUUGGUUUUUAAAAGUGAUAUGUUUUGUAAAUUUACUUCUUACUGACACAUUAACUAAUUUGGAUGCCUCAUAAUGAACUCUCACAGUGAUAUACUUUAAGCAAAUCAAUUUAAUUAAUUCUACUCUGUGGUUGUCCAAAAUAUUCUGCGUUUUUAUAUGUUCCACCAUAUAACUAUCAGAAAAAACAUGUACAUUGUAUAAAAUUUUGUUUACAAUUACUUUUUCAAAAUGUUUUAUUUUUUUAAUAGAACAUUCCAUUUGCCUAAUAAGUAUUUCAAUCGCCUUACAAAUCUUUAUAACAUCAUACGAUGGCAUAACGUAAGACCCCCUAUUUUUCAGAUGAGUCAAUAGUACUUUAUCUUUUCCGACUAAAUAUUUUCUACAAAUUUCACGUAAUUUUUUUUAAAUUCACGAGGAAAUAAAUCCUGCUAUAUAUGAAGUGACAUCUUCUACGUAAGGAGAGAGUUCGUAUAACGUUUUUACAUAAUCAUGGUCAAAUAAGGCGUUAUCAUCUGUUGCUACAUUUUCAUUUGUCUCGCAAAGCGGAUCUGUUAUUUUAUUUGAGCAGUAAUUUAAAAUCGGAACAUGGUCCAACUGGCAACUGCCAUCUUGAGAGGCACACACCUCAUUUUUUACAAGGAGCCUUUUAUACGCCGCCUCAAAUUGAAUGGCGUUCGGGUUAUUAUUAAAGCCACCCCUACUUCUUAUUGCCCCAAAGAAUGUCUCGAUAUGGUCCUGACUCAAUUUAAAAGUCAGUAGAUAUUUUAAAUUGUGCUUUUUCAAGUCAUUGUAAAGUGGAAACAUGUUACACAAACAUAUUAUAAAACCAAGGAACCCAGUUUUUCUAUUGCUGUCAAUGAUUCUGGUUCCACUUGAAUCUUUUAAGCCCAAUAAAUAUUGUAUAAAAUAUUCGCUACUAUUUUUUAAGAAGUUUGCCUAAUAAGUAUUUCAAUCGCCUUACAAAUAUUUAUAACAUCAUACGAUGGCAUAACCUAGGACCUCCUAUUUUUCAGAUGACUUAAUAGUACUUUAUCUUUUCCUACUAAAGUAAUACAAUAUAUUUAUUCUUAGAACACUAUAUUUGUAAAUAGCUAAAUAUUAAAAACUGUUAUGGUAUAGUGUAUAUUUUAAUAAAUAAAUAAAUAAAUAAGUGUAUCUUGAGUUUUUUUUUAUAAUCUGUUUAAACCUUCACUAACUCUUCUAUUAAUUCAUCUUGUGUUGAUACUCAGUAAAAAUGUUUCAAAAUUUUACUCGAUAAGAGCCUUCCUAGAAUAGUGGACAUCAUUAUCGGAUUGGUCUCCUAUAGAUAUUUUAUACCAUUUUUUUAUAUUAUCGAAUAAACUGCAGAAACCACUACAAUAAAUA